AUGGCUGACGUUAAAGAAGAGAGUGGCAAGCGCAAAGCCGAAGAUGAUCCCUCCUCUCCCACCUCAUCUAAGCGGGUCAAGCAUGAUGAGGAUGCUGUGGAGGAAGCGGAGCAGAAACCCGUUGAGAUGAAACCAAUUCCAUUCCCUGAAAAGCCCGCUGUCAUUGAAGAACGCAACGGCGAAAUCGAAUUCCGCGUGGUCAACAACGACAACGAGCGCGAAUCCCUCAUCAUCCUCACCGGCCUCAAAUGCAUCUUUCAGAAACAGCUCCCCAAGAUGCCCAAGGACUACAUCGCGCGACUCGUCUACGAUCGAACCCAUCUCUCCAUCGCCAUUGUCAAGAAGCCACUCGAGGUCGUGGGCGGUAUCACAUAUCGACCCUUCAAGGGCCGCCAAUUCGCCGAAAUUGUUUUUUGUGCCAUCAGUUCUGACCAGCAAGUCAAGGGAUACGGUGCGCAUCUCAUGUCACAUUUAAAGGACUACGUAAAGGCGACAAGUGAUGUCAUGCACUUCUUGACAUACGCAGAUAACUAUGCUAUUGGAUAUUUCAAGAAGCAAGGCUUCACCAAAGAGAUCACUCUGCCCAAGCAUGUGUGGAUGGGAUACAUUAAAGAUUAUGAGGGUGGAACCAUUAUGCAAUGCUCAAUGCUGCCACGCAUUCGAUAUCUAGAAAUGGGCCGCAUGCUCCUUAAGCAGAAGGAAUGCGUCCAGGCCAAGAUUCGAGCAUACUCCAAGUCCCACAACAUCCACCCGCCGCCAAAGGAGUGGAAGAAUGGCAUACGCCCGAUUAAUCCUCUCGACAUUCCCGCCAUCCGGGCGUCCGGGUGGUCCCCCGAUAUGGAUGAGCUUGCCCGCCAGCCACGCCACGGGCCCAACUACAAUCAGCUUCUCCAUCUGCUCAACGAUCUCCAGAACCACAACUCCGCUUGGCCAUUCCUUGUUCCUGUUAACAGAGACGACGUUGCCGACUACUAUGACGUGAUCAAGGAGCCUAUGGAUCUCAGCACCAUGGAAAGCAAGCUUGAAGCGGAUCAAUACGCCACGCCCGAAGACUUUAUCAAGGACGCCAAACUCAUCUUUGACAACUGCCGCAAAUACAACAACGAGAGCACGCCAUACGCCAAGUCGGCCAAUAAGCUUGAACGGUUCAUGUGGCAGCAGAUCAAAGCCGUCCCCGAGUGGUCGCAUCUCGAGCCGGAGAAGUAGAACAUCUCCCAGGAUACGCACAAGCUGGAAAGCAUGUCUUCCAUGAUGCCAUGAUACGGGGUGGUUUGACGGUUCUUUGUUUCUUCCUAUUUUUUUCCUUUGUUCUCCUCAUUUUGAACACAAAAAGAGCAAUGGUGUUUCGGCAUAGGCGCAGGUAUGGGGGUAUUUGGACAGAUUUUUACAUUUGGCUUACAACAAGUGGCAUCCGCACAUGCGAUAUCGGAACGAAAAGGCUCCAAUCGCCGGAGCUCGUGCAUGGGAUGCGAUGGGCUGCAUUAUACCAAGGCUCUGUAUUUUGAUAUUGUAUUUACAACUGCGUCAUGAAAACUCCAAAGCGCUAGAGAAGGCAAACUUUAAUAAAGCUAGAAAGGAAGCG